AUGAAUCGCGAACAUAUUGAGCGUAUCAAUACGGACACAAGAUAUAUACAAUCAAAUCCAAUGGCUGCACCGACGACUGCCAGUCCUGCGUCCGCUCGCUAUUUAAAUGGUGCCCUAUACUCCGCAGGGUGGCCUGGUUCCUCGCACACCGGCCUCAUAUCUCCACCAGAGUCGCGGAGGACGUCGAACGACAAAGCGCCCCCGCUUCCAUUGCAGACCAAUACCGCCCAUCGACAAUCUCUACCAUCGAUACAGGAAGCUCUGAGCAGUACUUCCACCAAACCCGGUCCUUAUGCUUCACCUGUAUCUGCCUCUGCGCCGCCGUCGCAUCCGCAGCUUCCCUACACACAAUCGCAGGUACUGCCGCCGCCACGAACAUAUGAGCAGGGCGGAGCGUUUCAAUUGUCUCAGUCACGGCAACCUUCUCCUCCAGUGCCUAUUCAACCACCGCCUUUCUCGCGCCCAGAUUUGGAUGCAAGGAGCUUCGCCGAGUCAAGGAGAAAAUCAAUAUUACAUCCUUCGAUCUCACAGACUCCCCCAACCAACUCCUACGCAGCGCCCAGAUAUGAGGCACCUAGGUAUGAACAGGAGCCGAGAGUUACGGAAAGGUUUGUCGAAAGAUCGAUGAAUGAAUAUGCUCAGCCAUCGCCGUUGCAUAAUCAACACCCAUAUGGAAAUACCCCAGCCCAAUCUGUUCAUCCUCCACAUCCCCCACCACAUGGGCAAGGUUAUCCUCAGCCACCCUAUCCUCCACGGGAUGAUAGAGAUUUGAGUGGUGCUGGAUAUAAAAAUUACAAAACUCAGAGCGAGCCUUUUAAUCAGGGCGUAAAACGACAUCUUGAGGUGUGGGACGUUGAUAAUAAUUUAGCCCAAAUAAAUGUUUCUGCCACUUCUAUACAGGAGUGGUCACGUCACUUCAACGCAAUAAGCCAAGAACAACCACGCUCUCACAUUGCCAUCCCGGAAAGAUCGCCUGAUCGUAGGGCCAUUGAAGAUAUGUUAAUUCACGGCAACCGAGUUGUAUCUUGUCUUCACCGAAUGCUGGAUACUGCCGUACAGCAGCAACAUGCGGCAGACGAGCAAUCUCGCGGUGCCAGAUUAGCGCCGGACUACGAUGAUGAGAGCAUGUAUGGCGAUGAUAGACACCAUCAAAGUUUUGGUGGGCCGGAUAACAAAAAACGUCGAGGGCGCGCUGCUCCACCUGGUAGAUGUCAUAGCUGUAACAGGGCAGAGACUCCCGAAUGGAGAAGGGGACCAGAUGGAGCCCGUACGCUCUGCAACGCAUGUGGGUUACAUUAUGCGAAGCUUACCCGCAAAAACACGAUGAAGCAGUCACAAGGCUCAGCCGGAUCAUCACUUCGACCCAAAUCUUCGGAGGAUCAUUCACCACGGUCAUGA